GCACUGCACACACAAACACAGUACACGGGGGCAGACGGCGUCUUUUUCUGAGAUGACAUGGGACCGUCCAUCAUCCAGUGAGGAUAACAGCACCCACCUCCACCCACAUGAAGCGGCCCGCCCCUCUCUGCUGAGUCUGCUCCACCAACACACACGUACACCGACACACAGGGAGAGACACGACGCUCACUCAGGCAGCCGCAGCCUCUUUCGUGGCCUUGUCUCCCUUGCUGUCCUUGCUGUCCUUGGUGGCCUUGCUGCCUGUCUGCCUCUUGUUCUUCUUGUUGGUGUGUGUGUUGGGUCGCAGCACGAUGGUCUUGCCCUCGCCAUGCGACACAGUGAACCUCUUCUGGCCUGCCUCGCGAAACACACCCACCAGACCGAACUUGGGCCUGUGCGAAAAGGGCGACACCACAAUGCCCUUCAACUUAGGAAAACUCGCAAAGGCCGCAGCGGCCGCCUCAGCCAACGAGCGAAACAUGGCCUUGGCCUCAUUCUCACUCAAACGCAUCUCUCUGUAGCGCCUGCUCAUGUCGACCUCGAGAGCAGCCAGACGGCCGGCCAUCACCUGCCUGCCUGCCUCACCCUCACCACCGUACAACUGCCACUGCACUGAGUGAUGCACUUGGCCUGGCUGCUGUUCGGCAUCAAACAUGCCAUAGUGCCCAUUGUGGAGGGAGAUGGUGGCCUUGAUGGUCACGGCGAGGUCGCUGCCGGCAGCCGGAAAAAACGCACAGCCAGCAGGCACGAGACACAGCAUAGCAUCGGGGUCGGCACGGGCAGACAGAUCAAACUGCACAUGGUCGGCCGACGUCAGACCCGACAGCACAUCACCCACACCACGCUCAUAGAAUGCAGCACCACGCCCCCCAUCCUUCAACACCACAGACUCGACAUUCGGGAACAUCGACCCGCUGUUCUGACGGAUGUAGGCAGGCAGAUCAGACACCUGCACGUACCCGCUCGACUCGACAGUGAGCACACGAGCAGACGAGAAGACGACCGAGCCGAGCUGGGGGUUGCUCUUGGCAUAGUUGCCCUGGUUGCCGUGUGACUGCAGGGUCACGUGCUUGGCCUGCUGGCAGCAGACCCUGAGGGUGUCGAUGGCGGCUGUGAGGUUCUUGGCGCUCCCAGUGAAGGGCAGACGCACACGAAGGCCCUCCGGCGGGCCGUGGGCGGGGGCGUGGUUGUAGGUCUCGCUCGCGCCGUCGGCCAAACACGAGGUGCGAAACGAAUGCAACUUCUGCGGAAGCAACGACAACACAACACAACACAAAGGGAAAGGGGUGACUGCGCGUGUCAUAACACCCAUGGAUGGCUCAAAGGCCUACCUGGAUGGUGCCUUCUCCAUUGAUUUCGGGCAGGGCGAGCUCGACCUUGCGCAGCCCGUGUUUGUUGCGGGAGUUGGGGCCGGUAAAGAGGCUCUUGAAUUGGUCGACGGCCGGUCUGUUGUCCUGCUGUUGGCCCCCGAAGCGGUACCCGAAGUGUCCAUGGUAGAAGUUCCAGAAGUAGCCGUGGUACUGGUGGCGAUCCUGGAUGGUGAUGCGGCCUGUCAGACUGGUCAGGCUCUCGGCUGAUGCGGACAAGGAGCAACAGCCAAGAGUGGUGCCGACACAUGUGUGUGAUGUCUGCGAUAUAAGCCACCUGUCUCGGUGUUUUGGAUGCUUUCCUUGAUCUGGUCGAGGCGCACCAUGUCGUCACAGUUGGGGUCAUUCUGCAUGGAAAAAUGAAACAUCGCAUGGCCGAUGCAGGCAGCACGCUUCUCCUCUCUGCUCCCUCUGCCCACCGGAUCAUAGGUGAAGUGGAGCGAUGACAUGCCGGGUGCCGCGUUGUUGUUCAGCCAUGCGUCACGGGUGCCGUGUCCCGUGUUGUUGAGGUCCACCACAGUCAGAUGUCGCAGUGCCGGCAGCCGAUACCUGCGACCGCGCGUGACGUUGCCCCACACGUUGUUGACCGCCGCCGUGUGGAGCUCGGGGAAGGAGAGGGUGUUGCUGUUCCACUCAAGGUUGAUGUCCUCGUAGUCGUUCCUGUACGCCCGCCGCACCUUGCGUGGUCUGCCCUUGCUGUCCUUGGGUGGCUGGGUGGGGCCCUGCAGCUUGACCGUCUCGAUGUGGGGUGCGAACUGCUCGAGCAGCCGGACGAGGGUGGCAGUGGGGCGGUGGUACACAGCCAAGUGACGACACUCAGACAAACGAGCUGAAAAGCACAGAAACAAGGACGGAAUGACACAGACAGACGAGAGUGUGUGUGGUCUGCUCUACGUCACCUGGUAGUUUGUUAGCGAUGUGUUCGGGUGGGUCGGUGUGUAUGUCGAGAAUGGGGUGGACGGGGGCCUGUUGGCUGAGGGUGUGGAAGUGGGUGCAGACGGGGGCGAGUGAGGUCAUGAAAGGGUGGAAGCCGAGGUAUGCGCCCAGCCCCAUGCCCUCCUCGGUCGUCAUCCACAGCGCCUCAGGCAACUCCUCCAAACCAGAACGCAACUGAUGACAUACCACAGACACAGGGGAAAUGGGGGACAGUGAUCGGUGGACACCAUCUCCCUCCCCUGCCCCUCUCUCUCCGUGUGCCUGCGGUGGGACUGACCUCCUCUUUGUCCAGAUUGUUCAUUGUGUGUUGUAUGGCUUCGAGUUUCUUGAUGCAUGCUUCCAUCUGCUCUGCCGCCGCCCGUCAGCGUUGCGCACCUGCAUCUUGGCGUCCUUCAUCACCAUCGCCUUCCACACGCGGAAGUGACGCUCAACCUCCUGCAACAUACCACAAAGGCAAGGGAGGCCAGGAAGGCACGCCACAUCCAUAUAUGGUGUGCUGUGUUCGAUGUGUGUGUGUGUGUCGUUGCCCACCCACCUGUAUGCGAUUCUGUUUGGUCUGUGUGUCGGGUUCGGGAAUGGCCAUCUUGACAUCCAACACUUGCUCAGCCUGGACGAGUGAGUGAACAAACGAAUCAAUGAAUCAACACAACACAUUCAUCUGUUUCUCAUCUGCUCUCUCAUCCCCUCCCUCCCUGACUCUCUUGCUUUUGACUGCACCCACCCACGUGUGUACCUUUGCUUUGGCCUCGUUGAUCAUGUUGAGUUGCGCCUUUAGCUUCUGAGCCACCCUGGACAGAGCCUUCAACGCAUCCUCAGGACCAACCUCAAACACAUCCUGCACACACACAUGGGUGGGUGAUACAACACACAAACACAACGCCAAACACGUCCAUCUCGCUCCUUCGCACAUCUCCCCCUCUGUGUGUGGUCACACAUACCUCCAUGUCCACGUCAGGUGUCAGUGCCUUAGUCUUCUUGGCCCGCUUCUCACCCUUCUUGCCCACCCCAUCCUCCCCUCCCUUGCCCUUGACGGUCUUGUUGCCCUGGCGGCGCGCCUUGCGCUUGUUCUUGGCGCCCCGCACACGUCGACCCUCCUCCCAGUCGCUGCAGCCACUGCUGCUCUCACACGACGCCGUCAGCUCAUCCACUGCCUUGCGCUUCAUCUGCACAGCAGCCGCAGCAGAUGCAGCGGCCUGAAUGGCGGCCUGGCGCUUCGGGCGGGCAGGACGGGCGUCGGUCUGCAUCAGGGGCG